AUGAUCCAUAGAAGCUUCCUCCAAGGAUCACUCUUGCCUUUUGAAGGCAUAUUCGUACGCCCUUUUACUAAGCAAGGAAACUUAGGUGAGUGUGUGGAUUACUUUGCUUUGAAGCCAAUUUUUGUUCACACUGCAGUUAAGGUGUCCAUGUUGCCACUUUUGGGCAUUAUCAUCCAUAACUCCCAUGACCUUGGAGCUUCUAAAACUUCAACUUUUCUGCCCAACUAUAACUCCUUCCAAGCC